AUGCCCCACCCACAGCCACAGCAGGCGCCGCCUCCGCGCAUGCGCCCACACCCACCGCCACCCAUCUUACGUCCCGCUAGAAACAUACCUUUUGUUCCCGAAAUCUCACACAAGAAUGAUCGCAAGGAUGUUCGCAAGCCUCGCUCUCGCCGCCGCGGCCGCCGCGCCGGUAUCGGCAACAAGGGCGCACCGCCUGGUUAUAACACCCCUGACAUCUCCCGUUCGCCAUCGCCCACCCAUGUCCAGCCUGACGCUCUCUCAACAACCCCGUUCAACCGUGACCACUAUAGUGACCGCCACGAAGUCAUCUUUGCACACCUCGAGCGUCUUGAACGCUUGGAGCGCCUCAAGCCUCCCAAGACCACCACCUUCCCUUCGGAGAUUCCUCUAAUCACCCCUCCGCAGACUGCUGCCACCUGCAACCAUAACUGGCCCUCUGCGUCGCGCACGCAUGAGUGGCCCUCCACUCCGACCCUCUCGCCAACUUUCUGUCAUACCUCGCGUCGUCCUGAGUACAUCGGAUCCCACCUGCCGAUCCCCACCAUCAACCUUCCCGAGACUAAGCCCUUCCCUCUCAACACCCCUGACUUUGGUGAGAUCGAGCGCAGCCUCCCAGAGGCUUACAAUGCCGACUACCCUCAUCCUCUAACCGUCUACGCCUCACCUGGAGUCAACGCCGCCACAGUUUCUGUCUCUGGCUAUGCGCCACUUCUUCGCGUGCUCCAGGAGACCGACCCUCGUGCCGCCAUGGGCAGUAUCCUCGCCGACUGCGGCAACGAGCAUAUGACGGCCCCAGCCCUUCUUCUCACUCAUGGUAACAAGGACGGUUGCGGGAUCCCCGAGAAGCUUUGGUUGCAGCUGUCGAGUUGCGCCGGCGUCAAGGUCCCUAUUGGCGCUGUGCUGUCAUCAGUCAUGGCCGGGCGCGGCAUGAGUCCCCGCUUCCUUCAGGCGUCUAGUCUCGCACCGACACUGUACUCCGAGCAGAACAGCUCUAGUCCUCCUCCCUCACGCGGCAUCAACAAAACCGACGCUCCAGAGUCCCCUCUGUUUUCGAUCUUCGCAAAGACCCAGCGCAUCGCCCUCUCUCGUACGCAAUCUGAUAUGAUGAACACGCUGGGUAACCGCGAAACGGUUCACGCCUCUCAGGCUCUCUACAAGCGCCGCGCCACAGGUUCCCUGCCAGAACUCCGCCUUGUAGCUAAGCGGAAGGCUGAUCUCCUCUCUCGUGACGACGACGAGCGGUCGCAGUUGAACUCGCUCGUGAGCCCACGUCACCUCGAGAGCCGCGAAACAGACGAGCAUUUGAUUCGCGAGCUUCUUUCUGCUUGCCGUGCGACCGAAGCGUGCCACCAAGAGUCUCCCAGAAAGACUGGACGCCUGCUGCCUCUUCAAUCUCGCUGCAUCCCCCUCAGCUUUGACACCCUGUCUACUGUCGACGAGGCGGAUGAUGACAGCAUUCUCAUCCCGAAUCGGCACAUCAAGCCGAUUGGAGCAGAGCGCUACACUGGCGGCAAGCUCCCCAGCCUUCCCGUCCAUCACCAUUCACCCUCCCGUACCCUCGAGGACAGCUACAACCCGCGCACACCGAGCAGGCCAAUAUCCGGUCGACCCUCUACAGCGGGCUCGGCGGGAACCAUGAGCAGCCUCGUCUCGCCAGCCGGGAGUUUCUACCAGCCCAUCACUCCGACGGGUGCUGCCGACGUUUUCGGCGAUGUGCGCUACGCCUCUCGCUCGUCGUCUUCCGACGAGGAUUUUAUGCUCGCAGCUAACCCCACCCGCCCCAAGAUGAUGAAUCGAACCGCUCAGCGCAUCAUUCACGAGUCACCGUCCACGUCAGGUGCCAGCACGCCGCGCGACGAUGACAAGGUCAGCCUCGUCCCGAGCGAGGCGUGGCUUGACCCACCUGUCUCCACUACCACUCUCGAUUUCUCCACCGGCAAGUCCAUCUGGGUGUAG